AUGAAUCCACAAGACGUUGAACAAAUUGAAUUUGAAAACUUUGCAGAAAGCAGAUUUCAAUGGACGAAUCAAUGUACGAAACUGUUAAUAGAAGAAAUAAGAAACCAUCUAAUGUUAUUAGAAAAUAAAAACUACGUGCAGAAAAAGGUCUGGAAAGCAAUAAAAAAUAAAUUUAUUGAUAGAUACAAUGUGACCGAGGAAAAAUGUUGCGUUAAAUGGAAAAAUUUGAAGCGCAAAUAUAUAAGUGUUCGAGAUAUUAAUAAGCAAACUGGUGGAGCUAGACAAACAUGGGAAUAUUUCGAUGUUAUUCAUGAUUUUAUGAACAACAAACCUGAAGUGACACCUGCAUCAAUUGCUUCCAGUACCCAUAGAUUUCGAAUACAACAAUCUUCAUCUACAAGAGAAGACAGGCAGGAGGAAGUGGAUGAAAACUCUGCAGUAGCUAAUACGUCUGAUAAUAUAAGAAAUACUAGGAAACGCCUUCGUGAUGAACCUAAGUGGGUUAAAACAAUGUGCAAGCAAAGACAAGCUCAUCACGAUGAAAACGUAAAAAUGCAAACAAAAUUCUUGGAAUUGUUUGAAACAUAUUUGCAAAAUAAUGCACGAUAA